UUAUUUUCGCCCAAUCUUCCAAGUCCAAACUUUUUUGAAUUUUUUUCAGUUUUACUUAAGCUUUCAGUUAGAACUAAACGCUUCUCCACGUGUUGGGUGUUUGACAGUAUAAAUACUUGUUAAAAUGGAAGAACAGAAAGACAGUUCUGAUAAAAUUACUUUCAAAGUGAAGCAUUUGGAUAAAUACCAUGAUAUAGUUAUUGAUGCCAGAUAUGAAUCCAAAGACCAACACCAACAAAUAUUUGAACAGUUGGAAUCAAUAACAGGAGUGCCUAGUAGAUAUACAACGGAUUUUUCCAUACUUAGAAACAUGAACCCUUCCGAUGUUAAUAAUGCUAAUCGACGUGUGAUGUCUUUUUACAACCAAAAAGCCUACGUUCCUGAUUCACUUUCAAGGUACUCUGCACGAAACAAUAUCUUCAGUCUAAAUAUUCGUGAUGGUGAGCGGUUUCAUCUCCAAUCUUAUGUUCAUUAUGAGCAUUGGAUUACCAAACGUAUAAGUAUGCGUUAUGAGCUAGUGGAAGAAAGAGACGUACCUGAAGUAGGCUGCAUUCAAACUUACUGUCACUCUAGAUGCACUGCGAGUUUCUUUAAAAGGUUGAAAGAUCUCGUUAAUAAUGAUGCAAUGAAUGCAAAAAUUACUCAACUUGUCCAACCACUAUUGGAAUCAGAUAUGGAAGCGUUCAAGAUUUUCAUGGAGUUUAAUGUUAGGCAAAAUUUUUAUCCACCUUGUGUUUGGAGGACACGGACGCUUGCAGAGACUGGUUAUACAUACCAAUUUGAUUAUUAUCUAAGAACUCGAGGUUAAACUCGCAUGCCCAUUGGUAAAUGAGCCUUGUUUCAAUUUCACUCAAUGAACUAAGUUUAGAAUUAAAAUUCGACAAUUUCUGAUAGACAUUCAUUAGAGUUGGACAAAUCAGGACAUUCAAUCGGA